AUGAAAAACUACGAAUACCAACAACAACAGCCACAAUCACAACAAUCACAACAACCCCGGCCAAACCCAGGGUACCCAGUAGAUGGAUUUGGAGGAUAUAAUAAUGCAUUCAAUGGUGGAUUCAAUAAUUUAAACACUGGUUUUGAUAGUAAUAACCGCAGAUUAAGUAUGCAUCAUCAACAGACUGGUAUGAUUAACCCACAACCAACUGGAAGACCCAUGAUGGCCCAGCAAGCAACAGGAGGAUUCGACAGACAACAACAACAACAACAACAGCAACAGCAACAACAGAAUCAACAACUACAACAACAAUCUUCUGGCCAGCAAAAUAAUAUGAACCGACAGUCAUCAGUGGUUCUCUCUGGAACACUUAAAGGGACUGUUGAUAUCGAAGGGAUUUUUAAACAAAUCACGAAAAAUACAGGGGGUGUCAUCACUAAUGAAGUACAGUUGCAAGAAGCUCUGUCGCAGUUUGAUUAUAGUACCCCAUUUUCUCCACAAACCGUGCGUCUCUUUUUCCGAGUGUGCGAUGCCAACGGCGAUCGAGAACUUGAAUACAUAGAGUUCCGCAAUCUUUGGCGUGUUCUAAUUGAAUGGAAAAAGCUUUACCAAAAAUUUGAUAGAGACCACAGUGGUAACAUCUCCUUUGAUGAAUACCAAAACGCACUUGUACAGUUUGGGUUCAUGGGGAUGUCAUCCCAAUUUACACAAUUUUACUUUUCAAGCCAUGCGGUUCAAACCCAACCAAAUAUGCCAAUGUGCCUUAAUUUUGAUGGAUUUGUGCAAUCGCUCCAAAAACUAUCUUACCUUCGAAAGGCUUAUUCCAAGCAUUUCAAUUUUGGAUCUAACAUGCAACAAUUUGAAAAUAUGAUAGUUGUAGUUCAUGAACUCAUUUGA